AGUCACCUCCUCGCUGCAACCGGGGGCCAUGAGAGCUGCUCUCCUCCUCAUCCAUCUGCCGCCGGCGCCGCUUUCGCCACCGCAGCCAAUAGCUGCCAAACACUCCGCACUCAUCGUUCCGCCAUGCCUCAACCUCCCGCGUCUCACCUUCUCAUCUCUCACUUCUAGACCCCUAUCCAACCCCAGAAACAAAAACCCCUUCAUAGCCAGGGCCGACGAAGGCGACGCCGAUAGCGGAGGUCCUGACGACUACGACAUGGACGAGGAGGAGGUGGAAGAGGUCGACAACAAGAAGGACUACGACGUCGAGUACGACCCCCUUGCAGCGGCGGCCGCGGCAGCUUCGGUUACCGACGACAUCGCCAUGGUGCAGAGCAAGAGCUUCGUGUCGACCCAGGGUUGGGAUUCGGAAAUGGUGGUGGAUUAUAGGAUCAACGAGGACGAGUUUCACAAAAUUAGCUUGUUUGAUUGCGAUUUCUUCAUUAGGAAGCCGCCUGAUCCGGAUAACGAUGUCUAUGACUUCAGAGAGAUGUAUGUUACUCCUCCGGACACAGAUGUGUACGCCAUUCCAAGGGUUCUUGCGCCAAUGCCCCAGAAGUACAUUCGCUGUGCAAAGAGUGAUUAUGGAUGCUACGAUGUCACAGAACCACCCAUUGAUGCGCCUCGGGAUCCAUUGUACAAGUCCGAGAGGGAGGUUUGGAAGGUUUUCUUGACGAAACACUACAGGAAUCGGAGGUUGGCUGACCCAGAAUUUGUGCUUGAUUUUGAGGAGAUUUAUGUAAUCGAUUCAAAAACAAAAUCAAUAACCAGAGCUAAAGUUGUGGUCACAGCUCCUGGAGGAAGGAACAGGGAUAGAAAGAGCGACUUGCUAGUUAUACGUGAUAAGGGGAACUCCUUCAAAAUAAUUCAUGCGAGUGAAAAAGAUGAUCCCACUACAGUGAUAGAGAGAGAAGAGUGGACAAAAAGCCGAGAAGACAUGGAGAGACACCUUAGGAAGCUAAGGGACUUCAGCAUUUCAAAUUGGUUCUAAUCAACUGGCAUUUGAAUCUGGGGAUUGGUUCAUGGAAAUCUGCAACAAAACGCAGAGUUUUUGAAGUGGUGCAGGUACGAAUGCUUUGAGCUUCAGGAUACAUACACAGAUUGGCAUGAUACAUGCACCAUCCCUUGACAAAGGGUGUUUCCACUUCUGCUGAAUCCUGGGAGUUAAGAACCUAAUGGAUUCAAUGAUCUUUAGGUUCUUCCCUCAGCCCCAUUUUGCAAAUAUGCAGAGAUGACUUCCCUUGAUCUUGUAUUUAUUUUGCUGUAAAAUUUUGGGGUGAGAUGGAUGCCAACUUCCACAUGUUCCCCUUCAUACUAAUUUUCUUUAAUCUAAUCAGAUUGGUGAGCUUUUAUCAUGCUA